CAUUUUGCGAACUGCCGGCCGUACCCCACCCCCCUUAAUCUACAGUGAACCUUCAGUAUUUAACGAUGAAGAAAGUCACUUGGCACAAAUGUAUAGAGGGGAGCGACGUAUUGUUGAUGUAUAUUCGGCACCUGGGGGGUUGAAUUUAAGUGAACGGAAUGCUCUUAUGGCCUCUCGUAUUAAACUUCCAGAGGAUUACAUUCACAAUCCUGAGGAAGAAUCAUGUGGUCCGUGUAACCGAGAUUUUAACGCAUUACAAAGUGUAAUCGUUUUACCGUGUAAUCAUAAAAUUCAUAAAAUUUGUUUUUGGGAUUUGUCACGUAAUUAUCGUUUUUGUACAAUAUGUCGAAAGGAUAUGGCUCCCCAGGUUGAAAAUAACGAGUAG